AUUCUGGCUGCGGUUUUGAUCAUAUUGCGGCAAAAUAGAAAAAUGUGUGGAAACAGAUACUAAGUAACUACUGCAGGGAGCGCGGUUGAAUCACUGCGCGCGCCUCCGUAGGAUCUCCUCUUCCUGCCGUCACACCCACUGCUCGGUGUUGUGGGUUCACCCCGUAGAGAAGGGGAGGACCGACGGCGCACACAAGCAGCAGAGAGUGCUGCAGUGCGAGCGCAGCGGGGGGACUAGGAAGCGGAGAGAAAAAGACGAACCAAAACACACACACACACACACACACAUCAGCAUCCUUAUUGUCGAAACUUGGUCUAUGGGGAGAUCUGCAGCGACACCGUAGCGACGCAGGCCGACAUGGAAGAGUAUUUGCGGAGGGUCCAGAGCAGACUCGGGGCAGAUACAUUAGAGGAUCCCAUCCAUGCUGUUUUAGGCGGACCAGAGCCAGAUGUUGACACUGUGGCCGCGACACUGUGCUUAGCACUGCACCUCGGCCAGAAGGAGCCGUCAGGUGGAGUGUGUGUGCCUGUGCUGUGCGGCCGGCGAUGUGACGCUGUGUUGCCCGGGGAGACGGUGAGGUAUCUGAGGAGGGCGAAAAUUUGUGAGAGCUCGCUGCUGUGGAGGGAGGACGUAGACCUCGUGAAACUUCAUCACACCGGAAAACUCUCACUCACUCUGCUGAGAGAUGGACUGCUAGAUAGCUCUGAGUACCACACUUUGGAGUCCAGCAUCCUGCGAGUGGUCCAUCACGACGGGCAGCAGGACGCAGGGGAUGAUGGUGCAUCGUCUGCGGUGACAACAGUCGCCAGGGAGAUUCUUCAAGAGGCAGCAGAGCACAUCGGAGCAGCACAGGGGGAGACUCUCGGAGAGGCCUUGCGGCUGCAAAGUGAAGCUUUGUGGAUCAAACAUGGCCGUCGGUCAGCACAACUGGAAGAGCUCAUGAGAUCUUUGGAGCAAUGGAGUGAUGUCACUGUGGGUCAACAUGAUAAGGCGAAGCUGAAAGACUUGGAGCAGCUGCUGACUUUGGAGCUGAAGGAGUUUUCUGAUGGAGAGAUGACUAUAGCGCUCACUUCAGUGACCAUUGAUGAUGAAGACUGGCAUGGUUAUGUGGAGGGGUUGAAAUCUUUCAGUCAACGCCAUGGCUAUGAUGGUCUGGUGGGUCUCUUGUCCAUCACUGAUACACUUCAUCAUCCCCGCCAGCAGGUGGCUGUCUACUCCAACAACACAGAUUUCCUAAACCAGAUCUGCCAUGAGUUGGAAGAGUCUUCCAGCUGGUCUCUUUCUGGUGAAUUGGAGGUCAGGGAGAGUCUCCAGGUAUACCACAUACCUAUAAACACCUCCUUAUCUUCUGGUACUCCUUCUCUGCUGGUAGAAGAAAUACAGGGCAUCCUCAAGGACUUUGUUGACAGGCAGAGCUCUCUUGCCUACUGCUGCCACCCCAGCAGUAGAACCUCUUCCACGGAGGGAGUUGCAGGCAGCGUGGAGUUCUCCCAGGGAUCAUCUGGUAUCAAUGACAUGGAUGGUUCUGACAUAGAGAGAGCUGAGGGAAGCAGUGGAGAUGUAGUGGCAAUAGCAAGGGUGAUGGCAGAUGGUGAAGAGGACACAGUAGGUGUAGGAGUUGGUGCUGGUGGGGAGCUUGUGAGCCCUGACAGCGGUAUGACCACCAUCCGCAGCAGCCGCUCCUCCAAGGAGAGUUCAGUUUUCCUCAGUGAUGACAGCCCAGUUGGUGAGGUUAUAGCAGGAGGAGGGCCAGCAGCAGGGCCAGGAGGGCUCUUCAUGAGAAACCCCUCUCCCCUGGGGUUGUUAUCCCUCUCCCCUCCUGUCCCACCUGAGAGGAGGAAGCACCGCCCUAGCAGAAAUAAGAGUGAUAACUUUGACCUGUUUAGUUUUGACCCACUACAUAGCAGUGACCACUCUAUGCCAGCGGGAGGGGAAUUGGCAAAUUCUGGAGUAAGAGGAGAUGAAGGAGAAAGAAGAGCAGGGAGCUCCAGCUUUUCAGAACUUGAAGAGCUGAGUUCACUGGAUUUCUCUGCUCCCAAUUCAUUGGGCGGGUUUGAAAGUAGAAAUUCUUCAACUGACCACCAUGGUCAAAUCCCUGGGAAUGACAUGAUCGACACUGUGGUUCCUCCCACCCCAGUCAACAGCGUGGUUGGUAGCCGCCCGCCCAGCAGUUGCGGGGUCAGGUUCUUUCCAGAAGAUGUAGUUGAAAGGAUCAAUGGCCUGCAGCACAAGGACAGUGUGUCAUCGUCGUUGUCAGAGACCUGGGAUGAACUUGGCUUUGACACACAAGGACCAUUGUCCACAAGUGAUAAUAAUGCCUGGAAUAGGACCAAGGAACCCGAGAGCCCACAGAAUAUUAUUGUGAAGGACGAUAGAGGGAAAGAGUCAGUUAAUGAUAUGACAGAACGAGAAAGCAGAGAAGAGAUCUUAAAGUCAGAGAACGCCCACCAGAGGGGUAAAAGCCUUGAACCCCAGCUUAGUCUGAUCACUGAGCAGACUGAAUCAUAUGACAACUGGAACCCAGAUACUGUUCUUAAGGAUCAAUGGAACCCUGUUUCUUUGGCUUAUCUGCAAUUGACACCACCAGAAGAGGAUGUAACUGGAAAAUGCAGGGCUGGUAUCACUGGAGUGAAAGAAAAAACAUCCUCAUUGUCGAGAAAGAAAGCAAUCCUAAACACGUUAACGCCAGACACAUCUAAAGAAGAGGAUGAAUGGGUACAAGGAAAAAAAGGAGACAGACAAAUGGAGCUCUUAGACUUCUGGACAUACUCAGCUCAGAAGGGAUUUCUCAAAUCAGAUAGUGGAACCACCACGUCUUACCCUGAAUCACUAGAUAUGUGGAAUAUGACUAUCCGGGAUGAUAGUCUAUCACCUCUCACAACCCCAGACAACUUGUCUGAAAACUCAGGUUCUUUCUGUGGGGUGAACCACAAUAUUGGGGCUGGAGUGUCCGUGGAAAGUCCACUAGGAUUCUCUGAUGGAAUGGUAAUGUGGAACACCACCAUACAGGAAGACAGCUCUUCCACAAUAACAAGUCCCGAAGGACCUGAAAAUGGAAAGGACCUUUCACACAUGGGAUCAUUGGAUGGCAGCAAUUCUCCCAAGACACGUGCAAGCAAACAGGUGGAAGAAGAAAUAGCUAUAGAGGAGGAGAGAGGUAUAAAUAAAGUACUUAGUCAGACUCCUAAAGAAGUGGCGUGGGGAGGUAAUGAGCAAGAUGUGAAAAUAGUCAUAGAGGCGGCAGAAGGUAGAACACAGGGUGAGGAAACGGGUAACGAUGACAUUGACAGUGUUCAGAGCCAACAGUCUGUCUUGCAGAACUUGGCAUCUGAACAUUCAGAAGAUGGGACUUCCCUAUACCAAGGUACUGACAUGUGGGACCUACCUGUCCCUGGCAUGGUCACCUCUACUUCAGAAUAUGACAAUAUAGGAGCUGGCGUUUGGAGCCUGACAUCCUCCCCGGACAUCUAUGCUAGCCCCGUAGUAGACAUGAUACAGGUAGAGGGGCAGUCUAGCCCUUUUGUAGCUGUGACAAAACCUACUCACAUAGAUGAGAGGCACGAUCAAUACCAGAUGGCUGAUCCUCUGGGAAAGACUGAAUACAGAGCAGUAAUUUCAGACAAAGAACAGCCAACCAACCAGGUGUUCCUAUUUGAGGGAACUAGUGAGUUGGGUCACAUCAGGGGUGGGGAAAGUUCAAUUGAGAGUAAGUACGACAACAAAUGUGAAGAAGGAUCAGAGGAAGCUGAUUGGAUAGAGCAACCCAGUGAUCAUUCUCCAUUUGUUCUGGUGGAUUGCUCCACUGUCACUCAGGCCACUUCAGCCAAUCGUCAUUCAAGAGAAGCUACUGAGACUCAAAUCCAGACUGACCAAUUAUUGUCCCCAAGCCUUGUUAAUUGGGAGAAUCUCAUUUCCCAGAAACAUGAUUGCUCCGAAUCAGCUUCAUCAUCACAGGAUCUGCCGAUCACAAUGGGCCACAAUGAAGAUGGGCCUGCCACUGAAAGCCAAGGUGGUCCUAUCAAUGAGAGCAUUGGAAGUGUGGAGGGUAAAACAACAGAAACCAUGUCUCUGAGCUCUAGCUCUUGGGGGGAUAGAGACACACUGAAGUAUAGCCCCGACAGCCUUCAUCCAGGUAGUCGAGAUGAACUCAGGUCCAAUUCUGACGGAGAUUCAUCUUCAGGCCUAGAAAUGGAAUACAUCAUCGUGUCUGGCACAGUAAAAGAAGCUGAGAGAGAGUGGUAUGAUAGGCCUAAACGGGGUGACAGGCAAUCAAAAGGAACAAGAAAGUCCAUGGAGACAUUUAGCAUGCUUUCUUAUGCUGCCACAGCACUGCAAACCCAGGCCCAAGCUGCACAUAGAGAGCACCAGGAGAACACAGAACAGAGUAGGCAAAACAAAAUGAUCAGUGGCACUGACAGUGCACUUAGUGCAGAUACAGAGCAAAAUCAAGCUGUCUUAUCCACUGAUUACCAAGCAAGUUUUGAUAAUGCCACUGAGCAUCAUAUGGUGCCAGAAAUGAACAGUCCCAGCCAAUCAAAAAAUAACUCUGAAGCUUUUCAUCAGUCAGAUUCAAGACCCACAGGUUGCAGUCAAACACAAGUAGAGGAAGGAAACUAUGACGAUAAAUCAAGCAUUGUGGCCAGAAGUGUGUCUCCAUCAUUAAGAUAUCCGUCAGAUCACUUCCUGAAAACCAGAGAGGAAGUUUAUGUCCAUUCACAGAUCUCAAUGGAAGAUUCAGAUGAGGGUGGGCAGUCACCCUCUGCACCUCCACCAUGUCCUACUUCAUUGGGUGACUUUCAAGUCUGGAGGGGACAGUUAGCGAGACAGGACACACCUCAGACCACAUCUGAACCACAAUCCCCUGUAUUUACCAACAGUUCAGUUUCCCACACCAGCUCUUUGAUUGGCACCCCAUUAAGUGAAUCGGGUAUUUCUACUGACAGAGGACUUGGAUUACCAUUUUCUGGAGAUUUAAUGGAAGAGGAGAAUGAUGAGGAAGAGCAGGAGGAAGAAACUGAUAUAGACCAUACUACCCUGCCAAAAUGGACUUCAGAAGUACAAAGUGAGAGGGAAGAAAGACAACAGUUAGGAUCUUCUGAUCUGCUAAGUUUCACUGAGGAGCUGAUUGGAGGUUCUUCAUUUCAACAAACAGAUUUACAAACAUUCGAGCCAAAAAGGGACAGAUUCCUACAGAAUACAGAGGAUUGCUAUGAUGAACAACCUAUAAGGACUGUUGGUUGUGAUAAAUGGUCGACUGAACAACAGAUUAGAGACCAUGAAGCUUCUCAAGAUAGCUAUUCACCUGUUUUAAGAAGACACCAAGAUGUGACAUCACAACUUUCCUUCCAGCCAACCAACGAGAAUGCUGCAUACCAGUGGACAGGAAGUCAGAAUGUGACUCAGGGUCAAACUCAAUAUGGCUACAACUACCACCACAUUGACCAAAGAACUGAAAACCAGAGCGCUCACCCAGCCUGCGUAGAUACUAAAUCCAACAGCCAGCAAAACACCACAGAUGUCUAUGCUGAGUUUACAACUGAUGCCACAGCUAUACAGCAUGGAUCUGAGCAGGCCAAGAGUUAUUACGAACCUGGAGUUAAUGCCGAGUGCAGCUGGGUUGAUCCAGGUUCCAAGUUUCAAUAUAUGGCUGAAAGCCGGUAUGGAGAUGACUCUAACUCUUUGUGCGCUUCUGAUAUCCAGUGCUCUCAGUAUCAAGCUGAUGGCCAGAGUCAGUAUGAGUCAGACCAUGCUAAUUACCAGUUUGAUGGACAACCAUUCUACCAAUCAGAUGUCCACCCUGAGAGGGAAGAUCAUGCACGGUAUGUGCCGGAGGAAUAUGUUCACUUUCUUCUGGAAAGGCACUCCCAACUGGGAGACGGUGCAGCAGAGAUGAUGAUGAAGAUGGCCUCCAGUGAGGAAGCAGCUGAGGAGAUGGAUAACAGAGAAGAUCCACCCUCUUCUGCGGAUCUGUCAGGCGGGUCCAAUCAAAGGAGAAAGUUGGCAGCUCCACCAAUGAAUGUGUCACUGGACCGCAGUGAGGGGUCUCUUCUCUCAGAAGAUGCCCUGGACACAGAGGACGAGGCUUUGGAUACUGGUGAUGACCUGGAUGUCAACAUAGAUGAGCUGGACACACCUGAUGAGGCCGAGUUUAACCAACACGAAGAGUCUAAUUUGGGUGCAGGAGCAGCAUCAAGUGAUGCUACCACAGGACACAGAGCAGCUGAGGAGAGCAGGCUGUGGAGGACUGUGGUGAUUGGCGAGCAGGAGCAUCGUAUUGAUAUGAAGUGCAUUGAGCCAUACAAAAGAGUCAUUUCUCAUGGAGGUUAUUACGCUGAACAGAAUGCCAUCAUCGUGUUUGCAGCAUGCUUCCUGCCAGACAGCAACUGUGACAAUUACAAUUAUGUAAUGGAAAACCUUUUUCUGUAUGUAAUAAGUACCUUGGAACUAAUGGUGGCAGAAGAUUACAUGAUUGUUUACCUGAAUGGUGCCACACCUCGCAAGAGGAUGCCUGGUUUUACAUGGAUGAAAAAGUGCUACCAAAUGAUAGACAGAAGACUGAAGAAAAACUUAAAGAUGUUCAUCAUUGUCCAUCCUUCCUGGUUCAUACGGACUUUGUUGGGAAUCACCAGACCCUUCAUAAGCUCCAAGUUCUGCAGUAAGAUCAAGUAUGUGAAUAGUCUUCAGGAGCUUGGAGAAAUCAUCCAAAUGGAGUAUGUCCACAUUCCACCCAGCAUUGUCAAGUAUGACGAGGAGAGGGGUAUACACAAAUUUGCAUGCAUGAGACUGGAUACAGAAUUGCAAGACACUGCAGCUAAGCUAAUUUUCCUGCAGUGGAACAAUAAACUAUUUUGACCGUUAAGCCUCACUGACCUCUCCAUGCUGGUCUGCCUGCCUCACAUAGGAUUUUCCAAACAUUUCGAUGGUACCAUUUCAUUGGACACUGUGGCAAUGCUUUCCAAGACUAACAAUGACUGUGGUAGUAAGUAAAGGUUCGGCUGAUUUCUGAGUGUACAGUAUAACAAAGCCAUAAUGCCUGCUGUAGUGAGUAAAUCUAUGAAUGAGGAAUGAAAGAUAAUUGAAAGAUAGACAGUAGAAUGAAGAGAGAAAUCACAGCAAACUCAUCACUUUUUUUCACCAUUAUUUGGAGAGUAAACCAUCUUUAAAAAUGCCACAGAGAAUCCACCCUAGAAAUUUAAAAGCAGGCCUUUAAUGCCACUUAACAAAUGCUGAUUUUGUGUUGCAGUUGACAGAAAAUGUAUAAUUAGAAUGUCAAUAGGCAUAUUUCAUUUCCCAUUUCAGUUACAGUCAUAAAAAUGUACAUCUGAAACUGGCCUUGUUUAGCUUUUGCAGAGGUAUGCACUUUCUAGUCUGAUUACGGUUUUUAUUUCUCUCAUAUCAUAUAGUUUUCAUUGGCAAUCCCACUGCUUUAAAUGUUUAACUCUAAUGUCUAGAUUACAAAGAUGUACUACAAUUCAUUCUCUCAUUUUCUCUCUCACUCAGAACCGACAAGAAGAGGAACUCUGCUGUUUGACAAUUACAAAAUACUUGGUUGCUGCCUGUCUUCUUCCUGCAUUAUGCUGUACUCUACUGCAGCAUAUCUGAGUAUAAGCUAGCCUGCAGCAUGAUGUGUUCGGCACAUAGUUGUUACACCAACAACUAGCAAUGGGUUAGAAAGGAAGAUGCUGUGGAACAAAACAUCAGGCAGUUGCUUGUUCAUUGAGGAAAGUACCAACCUGAGGGUGCUGAACAUAAUACUGUAAUUACAGUGCAGAGACUGUCACUGUGCUGAAGGGAAGAUGCUUUAUCCUGUACUACUGUACGUUACACAGCACUUGAUUGUGUUUGUUGAUUUCAUCUUUAAUUUAAACAACGCUUUGAUUCUUAUGUAAUUCACUUUGGAGGGAUUACUAACUGACUUUGUCACAUCCAUGUAUUAAUCUACUCUGUCAGUUGCCAUCUGUACCUUUUUGUAACCUAUGGUACAAAAAUAGUGUGGAGUCUCUGAAGCCAUAGUGAGGCUCAUGACUCUUUCACCUAAUAACCAAAUACAAGCAAACAGAAGUUGUAUUACAGCCCAUCUGUUCACAAAUAAAAGUUUUUUGAAUAGUUUACGAUGAUGUAGGUGGCUCCUGUCACAGUGGGUUUUUACACUAUGUCACCAUCUCACUCAGCACCUCAUACAAUCUUUAAAAGGCUGUUAGUAGGCUGUUCUAUUAAUACUGUAUAUCACUGUGAAAAUACUUGUGACAUCAUAUCAUAAAGGUUGCAAAAUAGCAGUUAUCAGUAGCUGCAGUAAUGUGUUGCAUGCUUUUGUUGCUACAGUUUGAGAUUGCUCUGAUCUGAUUACUGUACUCACCCAAAAGCAGAAUCGUAAUUUUAGUCAUGGUUUAUCUGGGUUAUGUGUGUGUGUGUGUGUGUGUGUGAGAGAGAGAGAGAGAGAGAGAGAGAUUGUUGACUGAUGGUUAGAGAGGUACAGUAUAGUGAGUGCCUACUGUGCAGGUUGGGACGUGUUUACUUUUAUUAUCAUUUUCUUAUAUUUGUAUACAUUUGUGUGUGGCUUGCAAGGUAUUUAUUUGUCUAAAAUGUUUUACUUCAUUAAAGAUGUGUUCCUCCUCAA